AGGGCAGAGAAUGGGACGCCACAGCUCGGAGGACAGGCAUCGAUCGCGCAGGUACGAUGACGAAGCGGAGGAUAGAGCUAGGAAAUCCAGGAAAUCGAGGCGCAGCGAUUCCAGCGAUGAUUCCGAGCUCGAGGAGAGGAGGAGGAAGCGGAAAUCCGAGAAGAGGAGAAAGAGAAGAGACGAGACCUCUGGCUCGGAGAUUGAAUCCGAUGGAGAAGAUCGGAGGAAGAGGCAUAGAAAAUCGAGGCGCGACGAGAGCGAUGCUUCUUCCAGCGAUGACGAAGGGAGAAAGUUUACUGAGGAAGAACUUAACGAGUACCUUGUGAAGAAAGCUCAAAGAAAGGCGGCCAGGGUAGCGAAGAAGCUUAAAACGCAGACUGUGUCCGGCUAUUCCAACGAUAGCAAUCCUUUUGGAGACUCCAACUUGACUGAGAAGUUUGUGUGGAGGAAAAAAAUAGAACGUGAUGUAGCAAAUAAGAAGAUGGACUUGAAAGAUCUCUCCGUGAAAGCGGAGAAACUGCGCCAAAAAGAGCGGAUGAGAGAAAUCGAAAAGGUUAAGAAGAGACGAGAAGAAAGGGCUAUAGAAAAGGCUCAACAUGAAGAAGAAAUGGCCAUGCUAGCGAGAGAGCGAGCAAGAGCGGAGUUUCAGGACUGGGAGAAAAAGGAAGAAGAGUUUCAUUUUGAUCAAAGCAAAGUGCGUGCUGAGAUUCGCUUGAAGGAAGGCCGGGCAAAACCAAUUGAUGUUUUGUCCAGAAAUCUAAAUUCUCCCGACGAGUUUGAUAUUGCCAUCACGGAGCCAUAUAAGAUAUUCAAGGGACUUACCGUCAGAGAGAUGGAAGAUCUCCGUGACGAUAUUCGAAUGCAUCUGGAGCUAGACAGGACAACACAAACGCACAUUGACUUUUGGGAGGCCAUGAUGGUUGUUUGCGACUGGGAGCUAGCAGAAUCACUUAAAAAGGAUGGAGUUGAUAAAGCUAGAGUUCGUGGUGAAGAGCCCGGUCAGGAGCUGAUGGCGGACGAUUUUGGACUACACAAGAGCGUUGAUCCGGACGUCAAGACUCUUCUUCAUAACAUGAGCUAUCGCCAACUGGAAGAAGAACAAGUGAAGAUUGAAGAACAAAUGCGGUCAGGAUCAGCGAAGAUUGUCGAGUUCUGGGAGUCCUUAUUGAAGAGGUUGCAAAUCUUCAAAGCCAAGGCUCGCCUACGAGAAAUAUACUCGGAUGUACUUCAGCAGCACUUGCAACGUAUCGAUGAAUCCGAAAUAAACAAGAUUUCAAACGAAGAUGAGGAGGAAGCGAUGGUCACAGAAGAGCUAAACAGGUCUCCGACACCUGAGGUUGAGCCUGAAGUAUACGACGACGACGAUCCAGGGUCAUUUUCGCCUCAGCUGGUUCAUGACUAUGAAGCUGACGAGAUUGUGGAUCCCGAGACCGACAGAGCAGAACUUGAACGCAAGAGGGCUGAAGUUCUUGAGGAGCAACAAAAGAGGUUACACGACGCCUCUGGUCCCAGCGAAGAGGAAAACAUCGAGCACGAGAGGGCAAUUGCCUUGAAGGCAAUGGGAAAUAUGGAAGAAGGCGAUGCUAUACUUGGAUCCGGGGCGGAGGUCAAUCUGGAAUCUCAGGUUUACUGGUGGCACGAUAAGUACCGCCCGAGAAAGCCCAAGUAUUUUAACCGAGUCCACACGGGCUACGAGUGGAACAAAUACAACCAGACGCAUUAUGACCACGACAAUCCGCCGCCGAAGAUCGUCCAGGGAUACAAAUUUAACAUUUUCUAUCCCGACCUCGUUGACAAAACGAAGGCACCGACUUAUGCGAUCGAGAGAGAUGGAAGCAGCGGGGAGACGUGCCUCAUCAGAUUUCACGCAGGCCCUCCAUACGAAGAUAUUGCUUUUCGCAUUGUCAACAAGGAAUGGGAGUAUUCACACAAGAAAGGCUUCAAGUGUACAUUCGAGCGAGGUAUCCUUCAUGUUUAUUUCAACUUUAAGAGGUAUCGCUACAGGAGGUGAUGAAAGCAAAGAGAUCCGCGUGAGAAAGAUGUGUAAGCAAACGCGCUAUGCAAAACUUUUCGCUGUACAAAAGAAAACAAAAA